AUGUAUUCAAACCAUGAUGAGAUAUUAAACCAAUUGACCAAUAUCGGUGGAGGUUAUCAAUAUUCUCCAGUAAAGACACCUGUGGCAGAGAACAGUAGUGAAUUUGAAAAUAGCAAAAAGAGCACACCAUCACCAUUUUCUAGAAAUAAAAGUUGGACUUCGAAGUUAGCAAAGUUUCAAUUAAGCAAUAGUCGAAAGAAAAAGACACCUACACAAUCACCGGCAUCUAUUUCAUCGCAAGAAUUGAAUUAUUCUGAAAAGACAAAUCAGGUUCCUUCUAUCACACCAAUAAUUACACCAUCUUCGCAAUAUCCUACAAGGAUAUCCUCUUUACCAAGACCAAAUUCCAUGGUUUUCCAUCAAAACUCAAGGAAAGUUUCCUCGAACAGUGCACAUUCUAACGAUUCCAAUAAAUCUCAAACAAAGAAAAAUGUUCCAAAACAACAGAUGCCAUUUCAAUAUACAAAAUUAACUAAUCUAGCAAAGAAAUCAUUCCUGAACGAAUCUUGUACUCUUUGUGAGGAAUCUAUCUCCAAUAGAACAAAUGGUGAAAGAGUAAUACAGUUAGAAUGUGGCCAUGUUACACAUCAAGAAUGCUUAACAAUAUCCUUUGGGAAUUCAAACAAUUAUGAUAAAACUGACAUUUAUUCUUUAUUUCCAGUCUGUGCCAAAUGUAAAGUUGAACGGUUCAAAUCUAAUAGAUGUAUCCCCAAUAGCGAUGAAAUUAAGGAUAGGUUAGUGUCUGACUUUUUGAUUGGUAAAAAUUCGAUUACCGCUCAAUCAUUAAAUCAAUUAGAUCCUGAAAUGAUAAAUGAGUUAAUGUCACCUUUACCUUCUCCAAUUCAAGAAGUUGAAAGGAAGAGCAUGUAUCAGUCUGUAGGCUCUCCAGUAAGUAGUUUUGAGAGCCAUAGAUCAGUGUCACCAAUCAAUAGAGGAGGCAUGUCACUAAUGAAUCCACCAUCAGGUCCAAGAAAUAGAUCAAAUUUUGGUAAGUCAUAUAGCAGGAUUGGAAGCACAAUUGUAGCAUCAUCUUCAAUUCAUUCGUCUGCCGAUGAUCAUGAAUCUAUAUUUUCAGAAGUAGCAUCGAGUAAUUUUGAUCCUGGUAAUGAUGAAGAAGAUAAGAUACCUCUUCCUUUAAUCAGGUCAUACUUCGUUGAAAUGCUAGUAAAUAAUUUUGAAGGAGAAAUUACAAAAUGGACCUGUGAUGAUAAUUUUGGUUUGUUAAGAUUAGUAGAUAAAUUGUCUGUAUCUGAAAAUGGCAGUGAUUAUACCAAUUGUCAAUGUUUCCUAUUUGAAAAAUCAAUGGUGAUUGCAGAAAUCAAUGAAGAAAACAAUGCAAAACCUAAUAAUGACAGCAUUUUUCUUGGAACAUCAUUGAUUAAUUUAAAGAUAUAUAUUUGUACUACUGGAAUUAAAGUAGAGACAAGAAAUUCUUCAGUUUUGAAAGUGACAAUUAAUAAUGGACAAAAUUCUAAGCCCAGUAGCCUUUAUCUGACUGAAAAUAUCGAUAGCAUAUCCAGUAAAGUUAUCCAGAAGUGGAUAUCAGGUCUUCUGGAUAGCGAAUUGUUAUUCAAUGAAUCCAAUUUUACUUCUACCCUAUCUUUACCCACUGUAAUCCAAAAUUUAGGUGAUGAAGAAGAAAAGUCUACAUUCGUUGGUCUGAUUAGUCCUAAUAAGAUCGUUGAAGUUGCUCGACUGGAAAAUAAUAGAGAAAGUACAAUUAUAAGAAGAGGUAUAACUGUUUUUUCUGGUAUUGAGAAUGGUACUAAUAUGGAUACGCUUCAAACAAUGAUGACGUCUGUAAGUUCCAUCCUAUCAUUGAAAAGGGAACGCCCAGAAGGUAUAGUAAUUAUUUUACAACUAGAUUUUAGGAAACUGAAGGAUGACAGCUACAUUAUUAUUUAUAAUAGUUUGCAAGCUUUGGUUACAAAAUACCCAAACUUAAUUUACUGUACCGUAGAUGCGGAUGGAUUUGUAGUUCAAUAUGGACAAGCAUCAAAAGACAUUCUUAAUUUACAAAGUAUCUAUAAGAUGAAUAAACCAAAUGCAGGGAUCAAGUUUUCUCCUACGUGGUUAAAGAAUACUAUAUAUCCACUUGGUAUAACCAGUAGUCUUGGUAUUGCAAUUUUAUCAAAUGGUAGCAUGGAAGAAGCCAGAUCUUGUCUGCUUAUGGAUUACAAAAUAUUUGCCAGCCCUGGCAGAAGACAUGCAAAUGAGUUAAAAAUUAAAGUUGGAUAUUUAAAUUCUGAUUAUAGUGAUAAGAUAACAGAACUUGUUGAAAUUGGUACCUGGGCGUUUAUGUUGGAAGCAUUAUGCUAUAGUUUUAGUUUAAGUUUUGAAGAUGACGAUGACGACGAAGACGAAGACGAUGCUGGCGACGACAGAGAUUAUUAUGACGAUUACUCAAGUAUUAAUUCUGAUGAAAAAUCCAUUACAACCCUUUUAAUUCACACGCCGCUGGACGGCACUUUUCCUACACCAGUAUUUACUGAAGAUGAUAGAGACAAUAAUAGCAUAGUUAAUUCAUUACAGAUAGACUACACA